GGUGCAGACAACGACAACAGCCGAUGCUGUACGAAUGUAUUACACUUAUGUAUAUGAGCGUGUGUGUGCUUAUGCGUGCAUUCCAUUCGGGGUUUGUUGUUGUUGCGAUGCACAUUAACAGUGCCCACUUCCCAGGCGUUAUCGGCGCUUCGUCAACUUGUUGCCAGCGAGCAUCUAAAUGCGCUCUCAAGGAUGCCUUAUCAACUGUGACCUUUCACCGCAAAACGAACCAGGCACGCUAAUGAUCGUCCGCACUGUGUCGUAUGGUCCGCUGUGUUGACUGGGGUUGCCAUCGCGUUCAAUUCUUUGUGUCUUUUUUGCCUGGCACUUGGCUGGAGAACGUAUUCCGCGUGUUCUGAUUAUUCUUAGUGCGUGGUUGUUUGCUGUAACUUGUGUGUCCGCUGUUGAUCUUUAACGAUGGACACGACUGAACAAUCGAGCGAGGUAAAUGGCUAUUAUGGCGGCACUAAUGACCAGCCCACUGUAUUAUACUGCAUUUCGGAUUACGACAAUGGCCAAUCGUAUUAUUCCGCCGGCACUUUGAAACCAGGAACCAGCUGUGAAUCCGUUGUCUCGACGGACUCUUCUACCGUGCAGACAUUGGACAAGCCGGUCAGCCUGGAUAUGGCCUUCCCGGAGUACGUGGCCACUCCGUCGUACCCCUUCGAAACCACCCCGGUGUCGGUCAUCGUCCGGCCGGUCUACACGCCCUACGUCAACCAGGACAUGUCGGUCUUCUUCAACGGCAUGCCCCUGCCACCGGCCUACGAUGCCCAGAUGCUGACCGCGUCGGCACCGUUGGAUUAUGCCAAUGGACAGGAUGGACACGUGACGCCAUGUAAUUUCGGUGUAACCGAAAUGCGCAAAGAGAAAUCGCGUGACGCCGCUCGUAACCGCCGCGGGCGGGAGAACACGGAAUUCCUCUGCCUGGCUAAGCUGCUCCCUCUUCCCUCGGCCAUCACCAGCCAGCUGGACAAGGCCUCCGUUAUCCGCCUAUGUAUCAGCUCCCUGAAACUCCGCUCCUUCUGUGCGAACGGUGAUCCGCCCUGGAUGCGUGAUCCUCCCAAAAAGCAUAACCUGCAUCAAGAGUCCACAGAAUUCCCACGUCUUUCCGGACCCAUCCCAUCCGGCUUGAACGCCGUGCUCCAACCGUUUGCCGUGGAUGCCGAUACGGAGCUGUCCGCUGCUGAACUGACCGCCGAAGCGGCGGAUGCUAAUUUCGGAUCUUACGUUCUGCAGGCGCACGAUGGUUUUAUCAUGGCUGUAGCGGAAGACGGGCAGCUUCUGUAUAUUUCGGAAACGGUAUCGGUGUACCUUGGCCUCUCCCAGGUGGAGCUGACCGGCAACAGCAUUUUCGAAUACAUUCAUCCCGAUGAUCGAAGUGAUCUGGCGGUAGCCAUGGGUAUUCCAUUCGAUCCUAUCCAUUUCGGCCAGGAACACGAUAUUGAUGCCAAACCAGAAUAUGAUUCGCCGCCAGUAACGAAAAAAGGUCAUGAGGUUGCCACUUACUCCAAUGGAAAUUCAAGCACCGAACGCGAACGCAAACCCCGCUCGCCCCGCAAGCCGGACGCCCUCCCAACCAAGAAGAUGAUGAGCCCCACCAACCUCGGCUGCGGACGCUGCACCCGCUUCCGGUCGACGUUGACCAAACGCGGCGUCCAGAUGAAGUAUUCGGGAUACCGGGUCCUCGCCGUACAGUGGUGGCCGCGUUCCUGGAACGCUGAGAUGCUGCAGCGACAGGGCGGUGCCGGUGUGGAGAAAUUCCCGGAUCUGUUGCAAGGAUACGUUAUGUGCGCCAGCGCCUUGCCGUCGCUCAAUAUGAACGAGAUGCGUGUGGAUCGCUCCUGCUUUACCAUGCGGUUGGGGCUGAACUUCAAAAUACUUUCCGUCGACUCCAGGGUUGAAGAGUUAGCGCGGAAGCCCACCGACGGCCUUAUCGGACAGAGUUUCUACGAGCUGUGCUUUGCCAGUGAUAUCCAGAUCAGCGCCGACCUACACCGAGACGUUGUUCGGAAAGGUCAAGCACUAAGCGGCUAUUACCGGGUCCGACUGGACUGCAGUCGAAUCGCCGGAGCGGAUGCGGUGUACUACUGGAUUCAGACCGGAGCCCAUCUGAUGGCCAACAAUAAAUCACCCAACGACCACUCUAUCGUGGCGGUGCAUAACAUUAUCGGCAGAGUCGCCGAUACAUCAACGGACCUAAACUUUCAAACCGGAAUCACUCGUCACCUCCAUUUCAAUUCGAACGAAUCCGUCUUAUCGCAUUUGACACCCACCGAGCCGCUAAUCAUCGCCCCUGUCCAAACAGCGCAGCCGCCUAGCGCCAAACGCAAGCGGAAAACCGCUUCACAGGAGAAGCGGGGUAAACGCAACAAAGACAGCAAAAUCGUCACGCCGGUGCGGCGCGGGGAUCGACGGUGUAAAAGUAAGCGGACGGUAAAGGUCAAGUUGGAGGAUGACACCGAAUCCACCACAUCGGAGUAACCGCCCAGUUUCAGUGUCUAGAUUAUUUCCUCAUUUCUAUAGACGGCAGUAUGAGCCCUUAACUGUUGGAAACGAAAUCGCUGUUCUACUCUCUAACGACAGUGUAUAAAACGAAAUUUUUUACUGCUGCGUUGUCAAUUUAAUGAGAGUUGUUUAAACCAUUAAA